AUGAUCCCAACAGACAUCCCAAAGACAAUGAGGGCCAUCCAGGUCGUCGAGUUCAACAAGCCCUACCAAAUCACCACCGUCCCCGUCCCGACCGACCCCGGCCCCCACGACAUCCUCGUCAAAGUCGCCGUCGCCUCGUACUGCCACACCGACAGCCUCUUCCACGCCGGCGCCCUGCCGCUCCCUCUCCCCAUCACCGCCUCGCACGAGGGCUCCGGCACGGUCGUCGCGAUCGGCUCCGCGGUCGACAACUUCAGGCAGGGGGACCGCGUCAUGUGCGGGGUGCCGCUGGGCUUCUGCGGCGAGUGCGCCGAGUGCACCGGCCCGGAGAACUUCACGCACUACUGCACCAACCAGAAGGGCAUCCUCGGGAUGCAGGUGGACGGGUGUUUUGCCGAGUACGUGAGGGCCGACGCGCGGAGUAGCGUGAGAAUACCCGAUUCCAUCACGCUGCUCAGUGCCGCGCCUUUGGCGUGUGCCGGGCGGACGGCCUGGAGAGGCGUGCAGCAGGCCGGGCUGGAGGAGGGGCAGUGGCUCGCGAUUGUCGGGUCGGGAGGCGGGCUGGGGCAUUUGGGCAUUCAAAUGGCCAAGGCCCUAGGCUUGCGUGUUAUCGGCAUCGAGGCGCGUGAUGAAGGUCUGCAGCUUUCGAGGAAGUACGGAGCAGAUGUUGUGCUUGAUGCGAGGAAGGGCAACGCUGGUGUUGUUGCCGAGCUACAGGAGGCGACGGGCGGGGUUCUCGCGGAUGCGACGAUCAACUUGGCCGACUCGGCUGCCGGUUUGGCCUGCGCGGUGACGAAGAUGCACGGCACGAUGCACCAGCUCGCUCAGCCGGCUGAGGUCAAGAUCCCGUUCAUGGAGCUGAUGCUCCGGGACAUUACGGUCAGGGGCAGCUUGACCUGUUCUAAGGGAGAGACUGAAGCGAUGGCUGAGCACAUUGCAAAGCACGGUAUCAGGUUGGAGAAUAACGUCUAUCGUGGACUAGACGAGAUCUUUAACGCGGUCGAGCUCGUUCACAGCGGGACGAUUAGCGGCAAGGCUGUCAUCAUUAUAGAUGAAGAGCAAUUGAAACGGGACGAGGAAAUUGGGGCAACGUAUUAA